UGCAGAGUGUCCAGAGGGAACCUUCUCAUCAGGACUGGGUAAUGGACCAUGUGAGACAUGUCCAGCUAACAGUGAGGGGACUGGAACUGGUCUGAGCCUCUGUCCAUGUCUCCAGGACUACUACAGAGCUCCUUAUGAGGGGCCGUCCGUCCCCUGUACACAGUCUCCAGGACGUCCAUCUGAUGUCAGAGUGUCAAAUGUGACCAACACAUCAGCCGUCCUCUCCUGGUCUCCUCCUGAUAAUGGUGGAGGGAGACCUCUCUAUGAGAUAGGCUACACAGUCAAUGCCACUGGUACGUUUAGCAUUGAUAGCAAGACCUCUAAUGACAAGGCAGUUGUGCCUGUUCUGUAAGCAUGGUAUUGUUUGAACCUUGCCAGUUUAACUGCCGUGGUACUUCAGGUUAGAGCACUCUGUCUAGGCUGCAAAUUUGUGUUGUGGGUGUGAUGCCCACCUUCUUCCCCAGAAAAAGGGAACAUCACUGAAUUUUUUCUUUUUCUUUCAUAUUUCACUUAUGGUUCAUACGAGGGAGUGGAGGAGAGAGGGUGGUGGUGAGUGGGGUGAAUGAUACAGAGACCAUUGUGACUGGACUGACUCCUGGUGUCCUCUACACAUUCUCUGUAUCUGCUGAGAAUGAUGUCUCCUCUCAGGACAACAAUGUCAAUGCCAGGAGUCUCAGUACCACUGCCACCACUCUGGAAGGAGUUGGAGGGACAGUGACAGAGUUUGUGGUUGGAGAGAAUGGAGUGUUGAGCUGGUCUUCUCCAGUUCCUCCCAAUGGAGUCAUUCUCUACUACAAUGUCAUCAUAUCCACAGCUGACUCUGGGCAACUGGUCACCAGAGUUGAGGAGUUGGACGUCUUGACUAUUGAUGUCUCCAACUAUGGAGAGAUGAACAUGGACUACAAUGUUACUACUAUACUAGGUGCAGGCAGUGACAGCUGUUGGAGGUGGAAAUUUCUCAUCUCCAGUGACUGUGUAUCUGGAGGAGCCAUCGGAAGACUCUGGUCCAGUAGUAGUGAUUGCAACCGUGACUGUCAAUUUAGUCGUUCUUACUGCCACUUUCUCUUUGCUUGUGGCUAGUGUCUUGGGCUACAAGUAUUGGUGGAAGAGAAAACCUUCUCUGAGGAUUGAGCAUUUCACAACUACAGUUAGGCCUUGUGUGACUAGUAGAAAGGGACCAGAAUCUGCCCAGUGCCCUGCUUGAUUUAAUCAAAGAAAUGUCCGAUGAUGGACUCUAUAUUCCUGAGAGCAGUAUCACCCUCCGCAGCAUUGUUGGUAAAGGAGAGUUUGGAAUUGUCUACAAAGCCGUAUUACAUGAUGAGAAAGGGUCUGUGGAGGAUUUUGUUGCAGUGAAGACAUUAAAAGGGAUCUUCAGUUUUAAUGAUGUUAGAAGUUUAGCGGAGGAGAGUCAGAUGAUGGCUAAAUUUGAUCAUCCAAAUGUCAUGAAGUUGCUGGGUGUUUCAAUCAGUGAGAGUAGGACCCUCCUCAUUAUCAUGCCAUUCAUGCACAAUGGAAAUCUACUCUCAUACUUGCGAAACAAUAGAGCAGAUUUGACAGUGGAAAACGAGAACAUGACUGAAAUGAUUGAAGAGAUGGCUGCGUAUCUACUCUCAAUCUGCCUUCAAAUUGCUAGGGGCAUGGAGUACUUGGCUUCUAACCAGUUUGUUCACCGCGAUCUUGCUGCAAGGAACUGCAUGAUUGAUUUGAACCACGUCAUAAAAGUUGCAGACUUUGGUCUGUCGGAGGAGAUCUAUGCCAGAAACUAUUUCAGACAAGCAGAUAUGCAGGAGAGUGGGGAAGGCCCUGUGAAAUUACCAGUCAAGUGGAUGGCUCUUGAGAGCUUGAACGAUGGAGUCUUCUCAGAGAAAUCUGAUGUGUGGUCGUUUGGAGUGACGUGUUGGGAGGUGUUCUCAUUGGGAAGGAAUCCCUACCCUGGAGUGGACCCCUUCUCUCUCAUGAGAUACUUGGAUGGAGGAGAGAGACUUGACAAACCACAAAAUACAGCUUGCUCCCAGGAAAUGUAUACACACCCAUAUAAUUAUACAUACUUGCUAGUAUCGUAUUUAACUUUGAAAAACUUUACUGGUGAAAGAAACAGGCUAAAUUAUUGUCCAUGGUACACAGUAUCAGUUUUUUACUCUUUACUUCCUCUUUAGCUUUUAUAGUAUUUCUUCUGUAAUUUUUUCUAACAGAUAUUGUAUAAUGAGUGAGUGUUGGGAUUCAGAACCUUGG